AUUACUUAGAUAUUGCCUACAAUGAUUUUAUGAAUACUGAGAAUUACCAAGCUAUCACCUAUGAUGAUCCUAUAAAUAUUAAGGAAGAUUAUUUAGUUAUCACUUAUAAUGAUUUUAUAAAUAUCAAAGACAAUCUAGCUACUGCUCACAAUGAUCCUAUAAAUAUUAAGGAAGAUUAUUUAGCUACUGUUUACAAUGAUUUUAUAAGUCUUGAGGAAGACUACACUCAUAAUGAUCUUAUAAUUGUUGAAGUUGAUACUACACAAAAUCUUAUAGUUAUUGAUGAUACUACACAAUAU